GGUGGAAAUGGUGAAGGAAAUCAAUCAAAUCAAUUGACUCUACCCACAAGCUUAUCAUUUGAUAAUGAAGAAAAUCUUUAUGUUGCUGAUGAGGAAAAUCACAGAAUCCAAAAAUUUGAAAAAAUUUUAGUUUUGAAAUAUUUUUGA